AUGUGGAAAAUUUUCACACACCAUAACCGGUACGUUGCGAGUGGACUUUCGUUGGCUAGGCGAACGUUCCUGUCCGACGCGUACCAGUGUCGGGAUGCUUGGAAUGCACGUUUGGCCACUCCAAUCCUGGAGAGGAUCAAUCUAGACACGCUGUACUACGAUUUGGAGCAGCGGUUCCAGCAGAAACAGAAGGUUUCGGCCAUCGAUAUCGAUAUCUACGCCAACAAGCUUGAGGACGAUACGCACAUCGAGGAGGUGGCCGAUUUUCUGUACAAAUUUCGGCUCACGGAGGAAACAUCCAACAUGCUGGACUCAACGCACCAUGCCCUGGUGCGAAACUAUCUCGACAGCAAGUGCUAUGGACAGCUAAUCGAAGUGCUGAACAAUCGUAUCGGGUACGGUGUUUAUUUGGAUGAUUACAGCGCCAAUCUAACGCUCGAUCAAUUGAUCAAGGAGAAAGAGUUCCGGUACGCGGCACGUGUCGCCACCCUGCUAGCGUUGCAGGAGGACUUUUCAAAUCCCAUCACCAGAGCACUUGCCCUGUACAGUUGCUAUCGAUACGCUAAAGCACCGGAUGCGGAACAUUUCGAAGACCUUACCCCAGUGGAACCGCAGGCAACUGAGGUGGAAGGACAAAAGAAGAAAAAGAAAGAAGAGAUCAAAGUGAGGGUAAAGUUCUUGCGAAAUGAAUUUUUCGACGAUCAUUUUGACCUUACCGAUAGCCAGUUGUUGCUUGGUAAAACGCUCGUGGAGCUUGGUCGUAGUUACAGUGGUGCCGGUGAUUUAAUUGGCUCGAGUUGUGAGCUGUUGGGUCUUACUAUGUACAAAAAGUAUGACCAAGCGAUGGCAUUUGCAAAGCAGCACGAAGGCAAAGAAUUAAACGAGGAAGUCCUUCAAACGAUACGAAAUACACUGGAGAAGGAAUCGAACAAGGAGGACGAAAAGUAUGCGGCCUUUUGUGAGAUGGUUGACAAAAUAGAGGCUAGAAUGAAGCUCAACAAGGUCAGUUUCGAGAAAUUGAUUCUUGAGCAAGUGAACAAGAGUGUUGGAGCGCUGGAAAAACAACAAAUAGAGGCACAGGCGAAGCUAUACACGGACUGGUGCAAUCUUCGACAGCAACGGCUAGACGAGGAACUGAACCGCAUGCAGCGAGCGAAGCGACUGAAGGAUGUGGAACAGUUGGCAAUAGAUAUGGAGAAGGAAGAGCAAAAGCUUUGGUUCUUUGAAAACGAGGACAAGAUUGAUCUUCAGAUUGACAGCAAACGGGUGUACUAUCCGAAACGGUGGUUUGGCAAGAAAAAGAAGCCACGCACUGUUGAUGUGGACUACGUUCCGCCAGAAGUCCGGCAGCGUAAUUAA